AUGGUGGAUCAAGUGCUAUUGAGACACUGGACGCAUAGGAUCGAAGCUCGUGGAAACCCACAAGAGGAAGACGUGGUCGUGUUUCUGAAUGCAAUGGAGGAAAUAAUAGAUGAUUAUGCAGAUCUAUAUGGAGAAGCUAUGGAGGAGGAAGUUGAGGAAGAAGCCACUACUGUAGAACCUAAAGAAGAAGAGGACGUCAUCGACUUUAGUAUUGACGAGGACUCCCAUGAGUAUAUAGAAGGACCCCCGGUCGAGUCAGACGAGGACAUUGAACGCGAAGACGAAGAUGAGGAUAUGUCAAUCUACACUUGGGCAGGAUUCAAGAAAGAGUUUAACGACAAGUACUUCCCUAAGAGCUGGAAGGAGGAAAGAAUCUGGGAGUUUAUGUGGCUCAAGCAGACUGAUGAAAUGUUCCAAGUUCUGAGUGGGUGGGACAUUGAUUCCUAUAAAGAAGCAUUGCACCGAGAUCUAACCAUUGAGAGAAACUUGACACGGGUAAAAAUAAUCAAGUCUGAGGAAGGGAGCAAGGGUGGUAAGCUAGGAUGUGCAAUGACUCAACCUAAGGAUGAGGGGAAAUGCUCUCGAUGUAAGAAGAAACACCCUAGGAAGAGAUGCGUUGUAAGAUGCUAUGGAUGCGGUGAAGAAGGUCACAUCGGGAGAAACUGCCAGAAGAAUAAGGGAACGCCCCAAGUUGGGUACCAGGGAAAGAUUGUGUGCUACAAUUGCGGGCAACUGGGGCAUAUCUCGAGAGAAUGCCUAAAGAGGUAG